AUGUCUUGCUCCGACCUGAGUCCCCGUCCCGGGCCUCGUCCCCAAGCCCCUCUCCCCGCAGGAGGCCCGGCCCUGGUGGUGCUGCUGGUCUCCUGGGCAGCGCUGGGCCCCCGCGGCCUGGAGGGAGUGGAGCCCACGGCGCCAGCAGACCCCGAGGGCCCACAGUGCCCAGCCGUCUGCUCCUGCGGCCACGACGACCACACAGACGAGCUCAGCGUCUUCUGCAGCUCCCGGAACCUCACGCGGCUGCCCGGGGGCCUCCCGCCCGGCACCAGGGCACUCUGGCUGGAUGGGAACAACUUCUCCUCCAUCCCCACGGCCGCCUUCCGCAACCUCUCGGGCCUGGGCUUCCUCAACUUGCAGGGCAGCGGGCUGGCCAGCCUGGAGCCGCAGGCGCUGCUGGGCCUGCGUGGCCUGUGCCACCUGCACCUGGAGCACAACCGGCUGCGUGCGCUGGCAGCCCACACUUUCCUGCACACACCCGGCCUGGCCUCGCUCGGUCUCAGCAACAACCUACUCAGCCGCCUGGACGAGGGCCUCUUCCGGGGCCUGGCGCACCUCUGGGACCUCAACCUGGGUUGGAACAGCCUGGCCGUGCUGCCCGACACUGUGUUCCAGGGCCUGGCCGGCCUGCGGGAGCUGGUGCUGGCAGGCAACAAGCUGGCCUACCUGCAGCCUGCGCUCUUCUGCGGCCUGGGCGAGCUGCGAGAGCUGGACCUGAGCCGGAAUGCCCUGCGCAGCGUCAAGGCCAACGUCUUCAUCAAGCUGUCCAAGCUCCAGAAGCUCUACCUGGACCACAACCUCGUGGCCGCCGUGGCCCCGGGCGCCUUCCUGGGCAUGAAGGCGCUGCGCUGGCUGGACCUCUCGCACAACCGCGUGGGCGGCCUCCUGGAGGACAGCUUCCCGGGGCUGCUGGGCCUGCGCGUGCUGCGCCUCUCGCACAACGUGCUCGCCAGCCUGCGGCCCCGCACCUUCAAGGACCUGCACUUUCUGGAGGAGCUGCAGCUCGGCCACAACCGCCUGCGGCAGCUGCCCGAAGAAGCCUUCACAGGCCUGGGCCAGCUGGAGGUGCUGGCCCUCAACAACAACCAGCUGCAGGAACUCCGGCCCGGCGGCUUCCUGGGCCUGCUCAACCUGGCCGUGCUCAACCUCUCCGGCAACUGUCUGCGCGACCUCCCGGAGCAGGCCUUCCAGGGCCUGGCCAAGCUCCACAGCCUGCACCUGGAGGGUGGCUGCCUGGCCCGCCUGGGCCCGCUUGCCUUCGUGGGCCUCUCGGGGCUGCGCCGGCUCUUCCUCAAGGGCAACAGCAUUGCAGACGUGGACGAGCGCAGCCUGGCGGGCCUGGCCGAGCUGCUUGAGCUGGACCUCACAGCCAACCAGCUCACGCACCUGCCAGGCCAGCUCUUCCAGGACCUCGGCCGCCUGGAGUACCUCCUCCUCGCCCGCAACCGGCUGUCAGCGCUGCCGGCGGACGCCCUGGGGCCCCUGAAGCGCACCUUCUGGCUGGACAUCUCGCACAACCGCCUGGAGACGCUGCCCGCGGCCGUGCUCGCACCGCUCAGCCACCUGCGCUUCCUCAGCCUCCGGAACAACUCGCUGAGGACCUUCGCGCCGCAGCCCCCGGGCCUGGAGCGCCUAUGGCUCGAGGGCAACCCCUGGGACUGCGGCUGCGCGCUGGGCGCCCUGCGGGCCUUCGCCCUGCAGCAGCCGGCCUCCGUGCCCCGCUUUGUGCAGGCCCUGGCCGAGGGCGACGACGACCGCCAGCCACCCGUGCUCACCUACAACAACAUCACCUGUGCCAGCCCGCCUGGCCUGGCGGGCCUCGACCUGCGCGACAUCGGCGAGGCCCACUUUGCCCACUGCUGA